AUGGGAUCCACAAAAUACAAAGAAUGGCAAUAUUUUUUGCUUUCAAUAAGAGCAGAGAGUGAUGUUGAUCAUAUCGAUGAAGUUACAUGGAAACAGGCAGUAUCAAAUGCUCUAAGAAAGUCACAUGGAUUAUUUGGUGAGCAAAUUGAGUUGUAUUGGUUGAAAAUUGAUAAUAAGAGAGCUAUUAUCAAAUGUGGUUUUGCAGACAAAGAUAUAUUAAAGACUGCACUGGCUACAUAUAUAUCCAGUACUGAGCUAGUUGGAUCUCCAUUAGUUAUCACAAUGGAACAAGAAGCGUCUCAAUUGAAUAAUUUAUUUCUACCUGAGGAUGAUAAAUUAUGGUUUAACAAAAUAGUUGAAAUAGAGAAUGGGGACUGA